CCCUAUCUUAUUUUUAUUGUCUCCAUUAUUUGAUUUACAAUCCCUACUUUGUUUUGCUGAAAUGGAAAUAUCGAAAGACCAAGCAAUUUGUAUGUUUUUUUAUGUCGAAUAUACUGAAGAAAAUGUCAUGAAGUACAAAAAAGUAGUCGAAGAUUAUGGUGAUGUAGAGAUCUGCUAUAACGCCGAUCCAAAACAACCGAUAUUGGUGACAGAAAGGAGGAUUCAUGAAUGCCCUCAAUUAUAUCGUUUGUAUCCAGCGAGCACCUCCAGUUUGUUGGAAAAUCAACCGUGAAUGUAAAUAAAAAAUUUGAUUAAUAGACUCCUUACCGAUCACUGAGUCUUGAAAAAUCAUGUGCAAUAUGAAGCUUGUAUAAAAAAUCCUGUUUCUUUUGUAAUAUGAAAUUUCAAUAGAAAGAAUUUAUUUUGUGAUAUAUACUUUCAAGAAAAAAAA